AUGGAAGGCAGAGACGACUCCUUCUGUCGCGAGGAGAGUUCGAGAGACGUGGUUCACCUGCAUCCGGAGGCUCUCGCUUCCGCGUCGGCCGCAUCGCAUCCUCUCCCGGGGUCACGAGGGCAAACAGCGGCUGCAACAGACUCGGGAGGCGGAGCGCAAGAGAACCCGCGUUUCCCGAUCCUGUCUCACCAACCAGGCGACGUCGAUGGAUUCAAGAAACCCGCUGUCGCCUCCAUUUUUCGAAGUGGAGCUGCGCCGGGGAAACUCGAUCAGGAAGGACUCGAGCGACCGUCCACGAGAAGCAAAGGCAAAAAGGCGACGUUCAAUUUGCAAGGAAACACCCUUCACGAAAUUGCUUCACGGUCCGAUCAGAGAAGAGAGGCACAGGCGGACGACACGCGAGACAAAGAGAGAGCGCGCGAGGAGCAACGGCGUUUAAUCGAGCGGCAGCUGCGGUUUCAGAAGGCCUGCGACAGCGCCCGGUAUCUCGUUCAGUGCCGCAUCAUUCUCCACAACAUCGCCCCGUCGGGCCGAGAGCCUGGCGCUGAAGCGGGCGGAAAGAGAGACGCACAAGAGCGGCGCCUUCUGCAAGGCACGAGUCCGGAGAAAUCUCGGAAAACCGAGUUCCUCGAGAUCGCCCACCAGCCUGCCCCAGGAGAAGCAGACGUGUUAGGAGAGGAAGGAGAAGAGGAGACGACCUUCCUUCUUCGCAGCAUUGUCGGUUUCUUGAAGCCGGAAGAGCUCAGCGACGUCGCGCUGGAACGGGAGUCGCUCGGGAAAUGCGGAUUCUUCCUGUGCACGCAGCAGAUGCCCACUGGCGCUCAGAAACGCGGGCGCCUGUCUUUGGUGCGGCGAUGGCGACUGGAUCACAGACUGAUUCGCGUGGCAGACGAAGACGAUCUUCUUCUCUUUUGUAGCAAAGAAUGCUACCACCGGCAGAAGGAACUUCAAGGUCUUCAAAGGGAAGAGCAUCUCUACACUCGUCCCUUUGUGCAGCAGUGGGUGUCCCGCGUCUCGAGCCGAUGCCGGCGAGACAGCUGGAGAGAUGUCGCAGAUCCAGGUGUUUGUGCACUUGCGCUCGCUUCUGUGUCUUCUCCGGAUUCUGCCCGGCCUGCAGAGGGCGAGAAACCGAGUUCGUCGGUCGGUGCUGAAGACCGGCAAACGUCUGUGGAAAGCCAUCGUUUCGCGUGUGAAGAAGACAGCCCUGCAGCGGGCGCCGCCCAGAGCCUCAGCACAGGACGGGAGUGUCUUGAGCAGGAGCGUCGUGGAGGGAGCAGUGCUCCGAAGCCGCAAGGUGUCUCGUGCAGUGCAGCGCAUGCAACCAAGGGGGACUCCGCGACAUCGCUGGGGACGGACGGAGAUGAAAGAGCGGAUCGGGUUGAAGACACGAAGGAACCGGUGCACGAGGGCACGCUGCCACAGACUCGCGACCUGACAGAGCCGCAGAGGGAGAGAAAGACAGAGGAAAUCCAAUCCGAGCAGUCAACGAAGACGGCACAUGCCAUACGGGUAACCGUUGAAGAGGAAGAAGAGAGCUCGCAGGACGAGAGAGCGGAAGCCUCGGAGGUCGAGGGCGAGGAGGCGAACCCGACAGACGCCAGGUCAAGCCGUCCGGCCACUCAUGCUCUGUUUCCUUCGCGGGAGCGCGUUUUUGCACCAGGCGUGUCUGAUGACUAUCCGGAGCAAGGAGCUGCCUCUCGGGCAGAUAAAAGAACCGAGCUGACGCAUUCUCAAGGACAUCUCGACAAAGAGGAGAGGCCGACGCAGGCAGACCGCCUCUUGAUUCUGCAGUGGGGCUCCCAACGAGGCGCUGCUGGUUUCGCGGAUCCGGUGGUGCGCUUUGACUACGCAGAGGCCGAGGGCGCGAAGGAUCUCCCUUUGGACAGCUCAUCCGACCAAUCUGUUUCUUCCGAACGGGGGCCCAGGGAAGGUCUGAUGUCGACAGGCCGACUGCGCGAGGGAAUCAGACAGCCCCGGGAAGAAGACUCGCCUUGCCAAGAGGACGUUGGUUCCGGCGGUGGAAACCAAGGCGGGAACCGGACCGCGGCACGCGUGUUGGGGAGUCCCGGGUGUACGUCCAGUGCAGGCCGGGAAUGCGGCUUUCCAGCUGAGGCCAGCAGCGCGUCGGAGCGCGGAAAAACUGGCGGAGCGCAGGGAACCACCACGGUGGACUUGUCACGGGGGAUGCUUCGGGCCUCGACAGCAGACGCAUCCGGCAACGCCGCGUGUGGGCUGCCUGAGGAAAUGCGGAAAGCCGAAGAUGCACAAGUGCCGCCUGGCAGUAGGGCGCCGAGGACGAGCGAUGUCGACUCUGCCAGUGGACGGGGGGAGUGGGAAGAAGGGGAACCUGAGGAUGAACUUGAGGAUGGAUUUGGACUCGCCACAGACCUUAACGAGUUCCUCGAUCUCACAGACGACGACACUGAUCGGCCUGACACCGUGUCUCCUGACGUGGGCGGACCGCGCGCCGGUCCCGUUUGCAGCUCUCAGCAGGACGAGCAGCGUCACGGCGAGCGCGGGAAAGUCUCGCGCCCACCUCACACGAACGAACCGCCCACGCAGAGCCCCCGGGGAGGUUCCCGACGCGUUCCCCCAGGCAGGCAGAGCGUUAAGGCCGAGCUCCAAGAGGCGUACGGCCGCCUGUCGGACCUGUCGGUGGUCUGGGACCUGCUCGGCAACUGGAGCAGGAACGAAACGCGAGAGUUCUUGCUGCGGCUUCACGGAUUGACAGAUUUCUCUCGGAGCGGAGUGGGAGGCGGCGACCCGGCACUCUCCUCCUUUCGUCCGGCGAGCGCUUCGCCGGAGGGGCUGGAAGUUCUUGCAGGCGACACCGCGACUGCACCAAUCGCGGCCACCGCGGAGGACAUUCAACGCAUCGAACAGCUGGUCCAGGCUCUGCUUCGGGUUCUGCCCCGGAAUCUUGCCCAGCAUCGGCGGCAUAUUGUGGAUCUCUGCAGAACCUUCCGCAUUCAAAGAGCAGCACCUCCGCUGCAGCCUUCCUGUUGUCGAGCAUUUGUGGCGGUUGUUCUGAUUGCGCUGCAAUGUUGUUGUUGGACGUCGUCCUCUUCGGACCCACCAGCCCGGCCAGGUGCGGGGACGCCGAGCCCCCGCGAGGGACAGAGAGAUGACUCGCCCACGAAGAACGUCGUCGCAAACAUCGCGGCGGUCAAAAGCUGGCUGGGCACUCAAGGCCAGGCCGGCGAUGACGAAGGCCUGCGGGAGUUCAUCCUGGAUGCAGUUUUCGACGCAGCGUCAAAACCCGCGGACGCGACGCGCGGAGAAGACAGGAGAGCAGCUUUGCGUCCUUCCAAUGGCCACAGUGGUCAGCGACCCGAGCCGCACGGAUGCACUGGAAACGGGCAAAUGACUCUCGAGGCUGCGGCGCCGCGAGGAACUUCGGUCCCUCUCGGUGCUUCUGGAGAGCCGGAGCGGAACUCGGCGUUCCCGGCUGGUGAAAACGACGUCAUUGGGCGCUCAGGAAGGGCUGGACGAUCUCGAGACUCGCUCGCCGCUAGUAGACCAGAGCGCAGAACCCGAUCCCUUUUUUUUGACCAGACAGCUGUGUGGGCGUGGCUCGGACAGAGCCUUGAUGUGCUGGUGAAUCCGUUGACAGAUGCUUGA